GACACUAAUGAUAAUUGAUACACGACAGUGAAGGCGAAGCCUAACAAUCACGGCACAUAGCCAACCCACCUUCUGUAAAACUAUACUCCCGUACUUCGGACGUCUAGCCUUUUUCUCCUUUUCUCACCGCCUCCACUUUCCUCAGACUUUACAAAUAUCCCUCUCUUCCUCUCUCUCUCUCCCAUGCACCUUACCUAACUCAUCAAUGGCGCCUUUUGUUAUACGGUCUCUUGUUACCCCUCUUCCGGGCCAAAUCGCCGUUAAACACUUGCCAACUGAUCAAUUUCCCAGAAUUGAAAUCAAAUUGCCGCUGAUUUUGGUUAAACCGCGUCGUAAUACGAUUUUUUUGGCCUCUCUUCAUGGAGAAAACGAGAGAGCAAUCGAGGCUGAAGGGAAGAACACUCAGGCUGCUCUUCAAUUGCAGGAUUCUCCUUACGACGUCGUUUCCAGAGAUGCGCUCCCGAGGCCGUUAUCGUCUUCUCAAUCCUCCAGUUCGGUCUCUGAUGGGUCACGUCUUCGCGUUGCUUACCAGGGAGUUCGUGGCGCGUACAGCGAAUCAGCGGCUGAGAAAGCCUAUCCGAAUUGCGAAGCAGUACCAUGUGAGCAAUUUGACGCGGCUUUUGAGGCUGUUGAACGAUGGCUUGUGGACAGAGCAGUUUUGCCCAUUGAGAAUUCCUUAGGUGGGAGCAUCCACAGAAAUUAUGACCUUUUGCUCCGUCAUAGACUGCAUAUAGUAGGGGAAGUGAAAUAUGCUGUUCGCCAUUGCUUACUAGCCGAUCAUGGUGUUAAAGUUGAGGACUUGAAGAGGGUCCUAAGUCAUCCGCAGGCCCUUGCUCAAUGUGAGCAUACAUUAACAAGUUUGGGAUUGGUUAGAGAAGCAGUGGAUGAUACUGCUGGUGCAGCAAAGCAUGUUGCGCUUCACAAACUGAAAGACACAGGAGCUGUUGCUAGUUCUGUGGCUGCAAAGAUUUACGGGUUGAAUAUAUUAGCUGAAGAUAUUCAGGAUGAUUGUGAUAAUGUUACUCGGUUUCUGAUGCUAGCCAGGGAGCCAAUAAUUCCAGGAACGGACAGGCCAUUCAAGACGAGCAUUGUUUUUUCACUUGAGGAGGGUCCUGGAGUGCUUUUCAAAGCACUUGCUGUUUUUGCUUUGCGGCAAAUCAACCUUACUAAGAUUGAGAGUCGUCCAUUGCGGAACCAGCCCUUGAGAGCAUCUGAUGAUAGCGACAAUGGGUUUCCAAACAGAUACUUUGACUAUCUUUUCUAUGUGGAUUUUGAGGCAUCAAUGGCCGACCAGAAUGCACAGAAUGCCCUCAAGCACCUGAAGGAGUUUGCGACUUUCUUACGAGUUUUGGGGAGUUAUCCAGUGGAUACUAGCAUGAUAUAAAUGAUCCUCUAACACGUGCUGAUGCAGGGACCUGGAGGAAAAAAAUUACCCUGAUAAGAAUGGAAGCACUGAUGAUAUUCCUUUUUCAAAUUUAUCACUAAAUGGAUGCAGCAAAACUUGAUCUAUCGCCAUUUCAUCCAAUUUUGUAGUGUCUUCUCAAUACUUGCAUAUGUAAUUAAGAGUUAAUUGGGUAUUUUUAUAGAGUUUGUUAUUUCUUUCGUGCUUGGCAAUUUUUUCUGUGGGUUCACUUACGAGUCACCAAUGUUGGGCAUGACAUACCAAAAUGCAAUACAAGAGAAGUUACAAAUUCAAAUUCUUUCUUUC